AUCACCAAGAACUCGCGUCUUUUGUGUCGUGCUUUCCACUUUUAAAGUUACUUCUGCAGAACAACUGAUACCCCCCACAUUUCCCACGGCACCUCAAGUAUCCACUGUGUGCGCUCGGCGUGAUUGACACUUUUUCGGGUUGCUUUGUGCUUGAUAUCGAGUGGCUCACUGCUGCAAACUGCUCUGAAAAGAAGAGAAAGCCAGGUCCACGUUAACAGCUCAGCUCCCAGACCAAUGCACGCUUGUAAAAAGUGCCAAACAGCCACGUAACGACGGAGUAUAUGUUAGCUUCGAGCUAGCCAGUGCUAGCUAGUUGAGCAGCGGUCAGUGCAUGGCUACGCAGAGACCAGUGUUGACUCUCUCCCACGCAGACUCUUGACAUGGGGAGUAAAAUGUCCUUCAGCAGAGGAAGCACUGACCAAAAUACAGUCUCUGAGUUAACUUCUGUGGCCUCGCAUUCUCGCAAUUCCAUUCAUGCCCCUUCGGACUGCAAGCAGAUACCUGAAGACAAGAGAUGCAGUGAGGAAGACCUGGACUCCAGGUGGGGAGAGGAAAUGAAAGCAGCAGAACUGACUCAACCUGGAUCUGAGUCCCACUCAUCUGGGCACCUGGAGUGUGGUGGCCUUGUUAACUCUGAAACAGUAGGCGGAACAAAUUGUCAGCACAGUGAGCACAUAUCAUCACAGGUAGGGAUGGAAGCAAAGUCUGAAAUGACAUCAGCGAGCGUGUGCAGCUCUACAACAGACAGUCAUGGACAGCCUGUGGAGGUCCGCAGAAAACGCGGGCGCCCUCGUAAAAUAAAACCAUUGCUGACUGAAGACAAAAAAGAUCCAGAUUCUGCUGGUCUUGAUGCAGUUCAACAUAAGGAGAUCAGCACGACAAUACCUUUGCCAACAUGCUCAGAGAACCGCAACAGUGAUGAUGUGCCUAACGCCGUAAGCGGUCCUUUAAUUAAUAAUUCACCUCAAAAUGAGAUGGCUGGUCCUCAUACUGUCUCUGAUGGUAAAGUAGAAGACAGUGUCCCUGUGCUGCCAAAAAGAAAAAGAGGAAGACCAAGAAAAACAGAAAUUGCAGCUUUUAAAACCAUGGUUGCUAAGGCUGCUGCUGCCAGUGCUCCUGCUGCUCCUGCUAAUGCUAAUAAUGUAAGCGGUCCUGCACGGAGACUCAGGAGUAGAGGAGAACAGCACCCUUCGACACAGGAUGUAAAGACUGAAUCUGAUAGCAAGGUAGACCCCGAGCAAACUGAAAUGCCUCCUACAGAAAGUAGUAAUAUGUUGAACUUUCAAGGUAUUAAAAGAAGAAGGGCUAAACUGGCUGAUCAGCAAGUUCCAGCUAAAGUGUCCAGACUGGAUGUUCCCCAGGAGGCCUUGUCAGUGUUGAGCAAUGACACAGGCUGUGGGGAGAGAGCAGAGGCAGAUAAGCAGGUGGAACUAAACACUGACAAACAAGAGACCGAUACAGAUGGAAAUGGCGAUCGACUCUUCCCGCAGUCUGGAGAAGAACAAGAGCAGCUGACAGAACUAAAGGAAGGUGCAUUACCACAAAGAAUACUGCCUUUCCAGCCAGCAGCCGAGCCUGAAGUUAUUCCUUCAGAGGGUUUGAACAGUCUAAGCCCUUCUCAGAGUGAUGACCCUAAAAUUAAACAGUCACCCGACAUGGAUGGCAGCGAGGAGUCACAAUCAAAAAGCAUUCUUGACUCUCCAAAGAACACAAACUCGCCAAAUACAGAGCCUUCUAGCACAGAUGUCGUAACAUCCUCCGAACAACCACCUAAACCCGUUGGAGUCCCCCCUGCUGUGAAAGCUGAGAAUAUUGAGAUAGAGCUGGAUCAAUUAAAUCCUGUGUCAGAGACCAAUAGUCUUAAAUCUUUACAAUGCAUUGCCAACACCACAAUCAAAUCUGAGAGUCCAGACAGUCAGCGAAUCACUUUCAGGCGCAAGAGAGGCAGCAAGAGAAGGAGGAGAAUAAGUAAUGUUUUGUUACAGAGAGCACAUCUUGUAGAGGGCCAUGAAGGCAGCGAUGAUACACAACAAAAAACAGACUGUGGUGACAUGGAUAAGGAGGGCAACUCAAAUGCCAAUACAAAUGUCACCUACACUAAAAGAGGGGGGAAAACUCUGUUGAAAUGUGGUUACUGUGGUCAUACAUUUAAAUUUCUGUCUCAGUUCAUCAUCCAUCAACGCAUUCAUACAGGAGAAAGACCUUUCAAGUGCCCCGAAUGUGGCAAAGGUUUUAGCAAAAAUUCAAACUUAAAUCUUCAUCUCAAGACCCACAGAAAGAACAACAUAUAUCAAAAAUGUCCAUUUUGCAAGAUCAAAUUUUCUUGCUCCGAGUAUGCCUCUCAUAUGAAGAUGCAUGCACAUGUGCUGGACCAGGACUCGGAGAACAACAAGUCUGAAAACCGCAGCACAGGGAACGACCAUGAAAACAGCCCUGGACUUCGUAGACCAGUUUCCCCUGAAAAGAGAGAAAGAAAAGUGUGCCAGUACUGUGGUAAAACAUUCCCGUUUCAGUCUGCCCUUAUACGACACGUGCGUGUCCACACUGGAGAGAAGCCUUAUAAAUGUGAUAUAUGCGGCAAAGCUUUUGGUCAGGCCUAUUUCCUCCGUGUUCACGAGCUGACACACUGGUCUGUGAAGCGUUACAACUGCACACGUUGUGAAAAAUCAUUCACUCAUUAUAGCAAUGCAAAAAAUCACACUUGUAGACCUUCGGGAAGCGAUGACAAUUUACAAACCAACAGACGCGUAAAGCCUUCACUGACGUACACGUGCCACAUCUGCAAGAAUGUUUUUGACCAUCUGCAGGAGUUCAACAGCCACAUGAGAGCCCACACCGGCGCAAAGCUUUAUCGCUGCUUGUAUUGUGACAAGUUGUUUGGUGUGCUGUCUGAAUUUAGCUCCCAUCGCAGUCAGUGCAAAGGAGAGAGAAACGCCUCCAGCUCUGCAAUAAAAGAGGAAAAGAAAAUGUCAUUAAUAAAGUACACAGUGCCUGCACUUAGGUGUUCAUCAGGACAGAAUUCAGCUUCUCCCCUCACAGCUGCAAAUGGUGAAACACCAAAAAAACCAUCACAGACCGGCCGCAAGAAACGUUUUGCAAAUUUAAAGAAACCAUUCCAGUCAACGGUCAUACCGGCUCACCACCUGUCACACCUUGUGUCAAAGUUAAACAAACUAGAUAACCGUUCAGACCCCAGGAAAUAUUUAUGUCCGAGCUGUGGGCGACUGUUCAGACACAUGGGCAGACUUCGAGCCCACAUGCUCACUCAUGCCCCAGGUCAAAGUUACACCUGUACCUGUUGUGGUAAGACUCUAGAAAACUGGAAGAAACUGUGGCAUCAUCAGAGAAUCCAUCGACAGAGACGCGGCCGCUUCACUUGUGCUCAGUGCGGCCAAGGUUUUCGGUUUGUGGAGCCGUACAAGAAACACAUGAGCGAGCACCCAGAGUUCCAGUGGAUUCAGGUCAGGCCCAAGAAAGUGUUUCUGCCUUAUCAAUGUGAGCAGUGCAGAUGCAGCUUUAAGACUCUAGAUUUGCUGUUCAGUCACCAGCUUUGCCAUUCCUCAACGCAAGACAUGCACAAGGUCUCUGAUUUUGAUUUAUCCAUAGAUGAUCAUACUACACAGUCUAACAAGAAAAUGUUUAGCCCUCCCACGAACAACCACAUGGCUACGUUACAUCCAGAACCUGAGGAAAACAACUCUCAUCCGAGCCCCUUAUCCAAAUAUCCAGACCCAGUUCCUCAAGAGUCGCCUCUAGCACCCAUGAUUUCCUUUGUCCAAAAUCAGGAACUUGAUUUAGGUAAAACUUCCCAGCAUCCAGACAGCACACAUUUGAUCCAAGAGAGCGAAAACAGUCGUGACAGAAAAGAUGAAAAUACACUUGGAAAACCCAUUACCCCUCUGAGAACUGUGAAAAGACGGGUGAGCCAAAAUGCCAGCAAAUCAAAUGAAGGGUCUUCAGAUGGUGUUAAGUGUGCUGUGUGUGGUAAUGCAUAUCCUGCCAUUUCAGACCUUUAUCACCAUUAUUUACAGCAUGCUAGAGGCCAGGUGUAAUAACCUGAAUGGAGAUUCAGUGCCCCUUCUGUAUGAUCAUCAACUUUUUUACAUUGUUUAACACCGUGGUCCUGUAGUCCUAGAUUAGAAAAUGUAGAAACAUUGUCUGUUACGCACCUGGAAAAGUUAGGGAAACAAAAAUGCAUCAAAAAGAUUUGAAAGAUUUAUUCAGAAUCAUGUAUUCAUGUACCUGUCAUGCCUGUUGGUAUUCAGAUUCUGAAAAUAUAACACUGAAUGUACAAAAUAAUAUGGGACACUUUGUUUUCAUGAAGUUUAUUAGGCAACUUCAGAUAGAAGCCACUAACCUUUCUUUAGUUUCUAUAAUUACAUUUCUGUCCAUCAAAAAGUUCAGAUAGAGUUAUCAUUUUAAAUUUGACACAGGUGGAUUGUCCUAAAGAUGCCCCAAAUAUGUUGUACAUUCAGUGCAUUGAUGCCCAGCCAGAAGCAGACCUGGGACAAUGUAGUCAUCUAUUCAACAAAAUGAGCAUUUGAAAACAGAAAUUGUACUGAAUGUAAAUGACUGAUUAUGGAAAAUAAGGGUUUGGUUAAAAAAUAUUUAUACAUGAGAAAUAACCACUCAAAAAUAACAUUUUGAGCCCUCAUUCAUCCUUGUUGCCAUGCAACCUCCCGGCAUCUUUAUGUUAAAACUUGGAAAAAUACCCUGCACAUCCAGCGCGGGACAAAAUCACCAACUGAUCAGAGAGGUGAAGGUCACUGAAUUAAUUUACAAACUCCUUAUUGCUGUGAACAUUUUGUUUGGCAGACCUGACAAAGAACUUACUUGUGCAGAUUUUUCAUCUUUUAUAACACAUCAUGUCUUGUCAGUUAAUAGUAUGACCAGUUAAUUAAAUAGUAGCGGUAAAGUUUUACUGAUUUCAAACAUUGUCACCUCAUCUUGAUUGAAUUUAAUAUCAAACGUGUGCAUUUCAUAUCUUGCAAGUCUUUUCUUGGUUGUGAAACUGUUACUCAAAAUGCUUCAGAGGAAGUGUUCUACUGAUUUCAAUUUUCUUUUGUUCUGGUCUCACAAGGAAAUCAAUCAGCAUUUUGUUUUUUAAAUUUUCAAGUGAAUAUUAGCUUUUCUCAUGCACAUGUUUGUCAAAGCUGUUUGCUCUAUUGUGGAUUUGUAAUAUGAUGGCUGAAAUAAAGUGAUGCAAAUUUUUUCUAGAAAAUACACUGACAAACACACAUUCCACACCUGAAAUACCAACAGGAGUGUUGUUGAACAUCCAUUAGUGUUUACUGCUUUGGAAAAACUGCAUAUUCAUGCUUCAGUGUCAGGCUUGAUUUAGUUAGAAUUAUGAAAAAAUAACAUUUAAAAAGAUGUUUCCCAGAUGGACACCCUGCUCUGUUGUAUAUGAUUUUAUGUUAUACUUUGUCUUAAAAUCAAUAAAAGUCACUUUUGUAUUGA